AUGAGAAUGGUGUUCUCUUCUACCCACGAAGUUGACCCUUGGAAUAGCGGUCUAAAUGGUUCUUUGUUGGACGAGGAUAAAGAGGUUUACGAUAUAAUUCAAAAAGAAAAGUACAGGCAGUUCUCCGGUUUAGAGCUCAUUGCCUCGGAAAACUUCACUUCCCUUGCGGUGAUGGAAGCCAACGGAUCGCCUUUGACAAAUAAAUAUUCCGAAGGUCUUCCGGGUGCUCGGUAUUAUGGGGGCAACGAGUACAUCGAUCAAGUUGAAAACCUGUGUCGUCAAAGAGCAUUACGGGCCUUUCACCUAAAUCCCGAAGAAUGGGGUGUAAAUGUCCAAUCCUACUCCGGAAGCACGGCUAAUUUUUCUGCGUUAACAGCCUUAAUUCAUCCCCAUGAUCGUUUAAUGGGAUUGGAUCUACCAUCGGGCGGGCAUUUGACGCACGGAUGGCAAACCCCAAAGAAAAGGAUAUCGUCAUCUUCAAUAUAUUUUGAAUCCAUGCCUUAUCGAGUAAACGGGGAUACAGGACUCGUCGAUUAUGAUGAGCUCGAAAAAAAUGCAAGCCUCUUCCGCCCGAGGCUAAUAAUUUGUGGAGGAAGUGCAUAUCCCCAAGAUUGGGACUAUGUUAGACUGAGAAAGAUUGCGGAUCAGCAUGGUGCAUAUCUGAUGGCAGAUAUUGCUCACAUUAGUGGUCUUGUCGCCAGUAAUGAAGCUAAUAACCCCUUUGAGGUGUGCGAUGUGGUCACCACCACUACCCACAAAACUCUAAGAGGUCCGCGCGCUGGACUAAUCUUUUUCAGAAGAAAAAAGGAUGACGAUUUGGAGAAUCGAGUGAACAAUGCAGUCUUCCCGUCCUGUCAAGGAGGGCCCCACAAUAACACCAUCGCCGCCAUUGCUGUGUGCCUGAAGCAGGUGGCCACCCCUGAAUUCAAACAAUACGCUAAACAAGUUAGAGCCAAUGCCAGAGCUUUGGGCAAUGCACUCGUCGAACGCGGCUAUAAAUUAGUGACCGGCGGGACGGCGAGUCACAUGAUUCUAUGGGAUCUGAGGCCUCUCAAGUUGACUGGCAGCAAGGUCGAAAAGAUUUGCGAUAUGGUCAACAUCACGGUCAACAAGAAUUCCAUACACGGUGACACUAAUAUGGUUUCCCCGGGUGGUAUUCGCAUCGGAACUCCGGCGUUAACAUCACGAAGUUUUAAGGAAGAGGAUUUCGUCAAGGUUGCUGAUUUCCUACAUCGUGCUGUCCAGAUCGCUCUUGCGGUGCAGGAAAAGGCGGGUAGUAAAAUGAUGAAGGAUUUUGUAAAGGCGUGCCAAGACGUUGAAGAAAUCUCGAUCCUAAAAAAGGAGGUGGAAAUUUUUGCCACUGGAUUCCCAAUGCCGGGUUUCGACCCUAGUAACCUUACACCUGCAGAGGUUUGA